UUCUCGCACUUUCUGUCCCAGCGCUCUUCUCUCUUAUUUAUUAUUAAUAUUAAUCAAAUCUGCUUCUCGCUCUGCAACUCUCCACUGCCACUUGCCAGAGACCACUAUCUCGUUCUCGCUGCAAUGCCCGGGAAAUCGAAACUCCGGCCUACGGCCGUUUCGCCUCCACAUCAUUGAGCAAAAAUUUUGAGAGAGAGAGAGAUUUUGUAGAGAGAGAAAGGCGAUGUCUUUCUACGACGCGCCAUUCCUCAACAACCAGCUCUCCAAACCCACCUCCAUCUUUGGCCUCCGCUUAUGGGUAGUCAUCGGAAUCUCAGUUGGGGCGGCCAUUGUCAUUGUUCUCUUCCUCCUCUCUCUCUGCAUAGCUUUUCGUCGGAAAUCGGCGGCCACCACUCGCCGGAAAACCCCUUUCUCUCACAACCUCCAUAACCAAUUCUCGACCACGCCUGUAGUAUCUAGAGAGAUUCAGGAAAUCAACAACAAUAACCCAUCGUCUGACCUCGAGAAAUCGGUAAUCCAUGUCUCUGAACAUGCUUCCCCUGCUGUUUUCUCAGAACCCAGAAAGGAUAUACAAAUUGAUAUCGGUAAAGACCAUCGAAUUAUUUUUUCGGAUAGGCAGGUGAGUUGUGAGAGUCGUUCUACUGUUGAUUCGGCUCCUCCUGCUGUUCCUGAGGUCUCCCAUUUGGGGUGGGGUCAUUGGUACACUCUCAGAGAGCUUGAAAUUGCCACGAAUGGCCUCUCUGAUGAGAAUGUGAUUGGUGAGGGGGGCUAUGGUAUAGUUUAUCGCGGGGUACUUCUCGAUAAUACCAUCGUUGCCAUCAAGAACUUGCUGAAUAACAGGGGUCAAGCUGAGAGAGAAUUUAAAGUGGAGGUUGAAGCAAUUGGGCGUGUUAGACACAAGAACUUGGUCAGAUUGCUUGGAUACUGUGUUGAGGGAGCUUACAGGAUGCUUGUUUAUGAGUAUGUAGACAACGGUAAUCUGGAUCAAUGGCUUCAUGGGGAUGUAGGCCAACACAGCCUCCUAACAUGGGACAUCAGGAUGAACAUCAUCCUUGGAACUGCAAAGGGUUUAGCUUAUCUCCAUGAAGGGCUUGAGCCUAAGGUAGUUCAUCGAGAUGUGAAGUCCAGUAACAUAUUGCUUGACCGGCAGUGGAGUCCCAAGGUCUCAGAUUUUGGGCUCGCGAAGCUCUUGGGUUCAGAGAGGAGCUAUGUAACAACUCGUGUUAUGGGCACAUUUGGCUAUGUGGCUCCUGAAUAUGCUAGCACUGGUAUGUUGAAUGAGAGAAGCGAUGUUUAUAGCUUUGGUGUGCUUAUCAUGGAGAUAAUUACAGGGAGGAGCCCAGUUGAUUACAGUCGACCCCCUGGAGAGGUGAAUUUGGUUGAGUGGUUGAAAACUAUGGUAGGAAGUAGGAAUGCUGAGCUAGUAGUGGAUCCAAAAAUGUCUGAAAAGCCCUCUUCUCGAGCUUUAAAACGAGCUCUUUUGGUUGCUCUUCGAUGUGUGGAUCCGGAUGCUCUGAAGAGGCCUAAGAUGGGCCAUGUCAUCCACAUGCUCGAAGUUGAUGAGUUUCCAUUCCGUGAGAAUGGUCGAAGGAAUGGAAGAGAAGUGCCUCGUUCACAUGGCGUUGAUGAUUCUCAUCAUGUGAACCGUGGGGUGAUGGAGACAGAAGUUACAAGAGAAGGGGAAAGCAGCGGGGAAGGCAAUAAGACGAGGUGGACAUGACUUCGAGGAUAUGAUGAAAAGGCUGGAAGGAGAGGAUGGGAGAAGGGGAAUAGCUUUGGUUGCUUGUUGAUGAAUGGGUUUGGAUUGGACAAAGGGGAAACAGCUGGAGAUCAAAGAAAAAAGAGAAAAAAGGGUGGAGUGGGGUCCCCACAAAGGACCCCAAUAAAUUUGAGCUUUUGGCUGCACCUGCACCCAAACUUGGGUGGGCCUGUUGGCCUGCCACUGUGCUUUACACUCACCAUAAAAUUCUCAUGACUGGUACGGAUCAUAUGUAAUAUGUAUCUAUUUUUGUAUAUUGGUUAAAGGGGAGUGAUUUCAUGUCCAAAAGAAAGCUAGAUAUUUGGGGUGAUUGAGAGGGGUCUAUAACCAACCACCCAACUUCCUAUUUUGUCUAUUAAUUCUUUCUUCUUUUGUUCUUUUGUCUAGGUAUUGCAUAUUGCAAGACCCAUUCGAAUUCGAUACAAUGUCACAAUUACCUUUAGCCAUUAAAUGUGAGAUCCAGUAGUUUGUGGUGUAUUACAAAGUUCGAAAAAGUGUUUUUCGACUUUGAAUCUGGUCAUUUUAUUGUA